GUUGCCAUGUUCCCACUUUCAUGGGUGUGGUGAUUAGCUUACUUGGUGAAAAUUUUUUAGUCUAAUCUGACCCGAGUCGCGUUCGCUUAUGCUCCUUUUAAACCGAUUAAAAUUGUCUUAAAAUUAACACACCUGCCUUCGCGAUUUCUCUCACAGCUGGGACCAUGGUUGUCGUGUGAAAACGGAUCGGUGUGACUCGGAUUGAAAAGGAACAGACGGAGCCAAAAAAAAAAAAAAUCCUGUUUCAGGUGUCAGCUGGUAAAGCGUGGGUGUGUGAGUGAGUGCGUGUGCGUGUGUGUGUGCAGGCACGUGUGUGUUCCCAGCCCUGUCAGUAUUUGGAGUGGAGUGUGGCCUGAACAAAUCACAGAAGGACAAUGAGCGAGCUGGAACAGUUGCGGCAGGAAGCCGAGCAACUACGCAAUCAGAUCCGGGAUGCCAGGAAAGCCUGUAGUGACUCCACUCUGUCACAGAUCACAGCUGGUCUGGACUCAGUGGGCCGGAUACAGAUGCGAACGCGACGCACUCUCAGGGGCCACCUGGCCAAGAUCUAUGCAAUGCACUGGGGGAGCGACUCCAGUGACGGCAGUCCCAGGUUACUUGUCAGUGCCUCGCAAGAUGGAAAGCUUAUCAUCUGGGACAGCUACACGACAAACAAGAUGCAUGCCAUCCCGCUGCGUUCUUCCUGGGUGAUGACGUGCGCCUACGCCCCCUCUGGGAACUAUGUGGCCUGCGGAGGCCUGGACAACAUCUGCUCCAUAUACAGCCUGAAGACCCGAGAGGGCAACGUGCGUGUCACCCGUGAGCUACCCGGACACACAGGUUACUUGUCCUGCUGUCGUUUCCUGGAUGACAACCAGAUACUGACCAGCUCCGGAGACACCACCUGUGCAUUGUGGGACAUAGAGACAGGCCAGCAGGCCACUGUCUUCAGCGGACACACGGGGGAUGUGAUGAGUUUGUCUCUCAGCCCGGACUUCAAGACCUUUGUGUCAGGAGCUUGUGACGCCACCUCCAAGCUGUGGGACAUCCGUGAUGGCAUGUGCAGGCAGUCCUUCACCGGCCACGUGUCCGACAUCAACGCCGUCACCUUUUUCCCCAACGGGAAUGCCUUCGGCACAGGCUCAGACGAUGCCACCUGCAGGCUGUUUGACCUGCGUGCCGACCAGGAGCUGAUGAUGUACAGCCAUGACAACAUCAUCUGCGGCAUCACCUCCGUGUCCUUCUCCAAGAGUGGCCGACUGCUCCUGGCCGGCUACGAUGACUUCAACUGCAACGUCUGGGACACUCUGAAAGGCGAACGUGCAGGUGUGUUGGCCGGCCACGACAACAGAGUGAGCUGCUUAGGGGUGACAGAAGACGGCAUGGCUGUGGCCACCGGCUCCUGGGACAGUUUCCUGCGGAUCUGGAACUAAACAAACCUCUUCCUUGUUGUACUCAAUCACUGCCCUCCAACUUGCUCCCCGCAACCCCACCCACCACAUAUCCCAACUCAUCUGCUGGGCUGGACCUGAGGGGUGCACUGUCAGCC